CACCUUCGUUCUCACCUAUUCACUCUUGGGCUGCACCACGGUUCUUCCCGAACUAGCUGCACCUCGUCUGUGAAUCUCCUAGUUCUGAACCCCUCACCUUCCUGGUUUAAUUUCUCCGCCAGUCACUGUAACACGUAUCGUCAGAUCCUAGAAAAGGCAAUCCAGCUCGCUGGAGCGGAACAACUUGAGGCUUUGAAAGCCUUUGUGGAAGCAAUGGUGAAUGAGAAUGUCAGUCUAGUGAUCUCUCGCCAGUUAUUGACUGAUUUCUGCACCCAUCUUCCAAAUCUUCCGGAUGGCACCGCUAAAGAAAUCUAUCAUUUCACCUUGGAGAAGAUCCAGCCUAGAGUCAUUUCAUUUGAGGAGCAGGUUGCGUCUAUAAGACAACAUCUUGCUUCUAUAUAUGAGAAGGAAGAAGACUGGAGAAAUGCAGCCCAAGUGUUGGUUGGAAUUCCCCUGGAAACAGGACAAAAGCAAUACAAUGUGGACUAUAAACUGGAGACCUAUCUGAAAAUAGCUAGACUGUAUCUGGAGGACGAUGAUCCGGUCCAAGCAGAGGCUUAUAUAAAUCGAGCUUCGUUACUUCAGAAUGAAUCCACUAAUGAACAAUUACAGAUACAUUAUAAGGUUUGCUACGCUCGCGUUCUCGAUUACAGAAGAAAAUUCAUUGAAGCCGCCCAGAGGUACAAUGAGCUGUCAUACAAGACGAUAGUCCAUGAAAGUGAAAGACUGGAGGCAUUAAAACACGCUUUACACUGUACCAUCUUAGCGUCGGCAGGACAGCAGCGUUCUCGAAUGCUCGCCACGCUGUUUAAGGACGAAAGAUGUCAACAGCUCGCAGCCUACGGAAUCCUAGAGAAAAUGUAUCUGGACAGAAUUAUCCGAGGAAAUCAGCUUCAGGAAUUUGCUGCCAUGUUGAUGCCUCACCAAAAAGCAACCACAGCAGAUGGUUCCAGCAUCUUGGACAGAGCCGUCAUUGAACACAAUCUGUUGUCUGCAAGCAAGUUAUAUAAUAAUAUUACCUUCGAAGAACUUGGAGCACUCUUAGAGAUCCCCGCAGCAAAGGCCGAGAAGAUAGCGUCUCAAAUGAUAACCGAGGGACGCAUGAAUGGAUUUAUUGAUCAGAUUGAUGGAAUUGUUCAUUUUGAAACGCGUGAAGCUCUGCCGACAUGGGACAAGCAGAUCCAGUCCCUCUGCUUCCAGGUGAACAAUCUCCUGGAGAAAAUCAGUCAGACCGCCCCAGAAUGGACAGCCCAGGCCAUGGAAGCUCAGAUGGCCCAGUGAAUCUGCACCAGGCUUCUCUUGGUUUGAAUGCGGCUUCUUCCCGAUCGCGCCGAGCUCUUCGGAAAGCUUCCAGACGCCGACCCUCGACAUCGCGAGCCAGCCCCUCCCGUGCCUCCCGUUGGGUCCGGAAGCGGUGUUUCUGUGACACGGCCAGUCCCGCGGCACCCCUGGCAGUCGUGAACAUGUGACCCUUUGCACCUGCCCAAGCUUUUCCUCCCUGGGAACCGCGGGCGGGCUCGGCGGGCCCCGGGGCGGCGGGGGCAGCGGGUAGGGAGGACCGCCACGCCCGACUUGGUUCCAGCAAAUGCCGGAUUCCAUCCUUCGGGCGACGGCGGGGGCGUUUCAGUCCCUCUCCCGCUGGAACCAGUUUCGCCAAGACCAGCGGAAGAGGCGUGGACCUUCGCCCUCAAACUCGUAAAUCUACUCAUCUGACUUAACGCUGAAGGAAGCUUUGCAUCAAACCAACACUUUAUUUUGAAAGCUUUUUCUUUAAGAGGAAGACCUGCAGUUUCAGUAGCUAAAAAGAGUUUGCGGUCAUUCGUGUAAAAACCGACGUGUUAACGUUCCUUGCAAGUGGGGUUAUUCUAUUAAAAGGAGGACUGUGUUGAGAAAGGCGA